AGAACACACUGAGUCAAUAAAGAACAACCUCAUACAACACCAGCCACAAUAUAAACUCACAGUCCUCCACUGCUCCAACACAACAUCCUGACACACUUUUCAAGAUGGUGCUGUUGCUUCUGCUGGUGAUGCUGGCAUCAUGUGCUGCCGUUCCUCAAGAUCUGUCAACUAAAAUGUUCACCUUCCCACGACAAACCAACACAGCUCAUGUGAGGCUGACUACAUCUAGACAAAAUCUCGGGGCUGUAACCGUCUGUCUCAGGUCCUUCACAGACCUUAAAAGAAGUCACUCACUGUUCUCAUUGGCGACACCCUCUGCUGACAAUGACUUCACGAUAUUCAAGGGGGCUGCAAGUGAUGAGUAUCUGCUUUUUGCCAAGAACAGCAUUGCAGUUUUUUUUGGGCAGGAUUACAAGCUGAACACGUGGCAGUCUGUCUGUUCUACGUGGGACGCUGUUUCUGGAGUGAUGCAACUUUGGUUAGAUGGAAAACCUUCAAGUCGGAAAUUCGCCAGCUCUGGAUCCAACAUCAGCGGACCCAUUCUAAUUGUUGUAGGACAGGAACAGGGUAUCUAUGGUGGGGAUUUUAAAUCUGAUAAGUCUUUUGUUGGCAUGAUGUCCGACGUCCACAUGUGGGACUACGUCAUUUCCCCUGAUGAGAUCCUGAAGUAUUCAAAACGACAGACCUUCACUUCGGGCAACGUGCUGAACUGGUCGGCGCUGGAGUUUCAGAUUUUAGGAAAAGUGCUGCUAGAAGAUCAGCAAAACACUCAUUAGUAAACUUUUGAUACCAGACCUUUCAUGUCCAAUAUAAAGGUUAAAUCCAAAUUAAUCUGAAGAAGAAGGUUUUAAAAUCUGUAAUAGAAAUAGUCAAAUUGUCAAUGUUGUUUUUUUGCUUAAAAGAUUUAACUGUGUUUUGUAUGCUUUAUUAAUGAAUGUCUCUCUGACCUUAUUAUCAUGAAUUGUGUGCAUCAAUAAUGUGGGCGUUCAUUUAUUCCCUUAUACACAACCGUUCAAAAGUUUGGGGUCACCCAGACAAUUUCAUAUUUUCCAUGUAAACUCACAUAUUUUUUUAUGUUCUAACGUAAUUGCACAAGGGUUUUCUAAUCAUCAGUUAGCCUUCAACACCAUUAGCUAACACAAUGUAGCAUUAGAACACAGGAGUGAUGGUUGCUGGAAAUGCUCCUCUGUACCCCUAUGGAGAUAUUUCCUUAAAAAUUGGCUGUUUCCAGCUAGAAUUAUCAUUUACCACAUGAACAAUGUCUAGACUGUAUGUCGGAUUGAUUCAAUGUUAUCUUCAUUGAAAAACCUGUUUUUCUUUCAAUAACGGCAUUUCUGAGUGACCCCAAACUUUUUAAUGGUAGUACGGACGGACAGACAGAUUUGACCUUCUCUCAAAAAUACUUUAAAAAAUAAGGUGUCAAGAUGAUCUGUUAGAUUCAACUUGAGCAAAGUACUUUUCCAAGACAUACAAUGCUUAUAAGCCAGACCAGCCAUAAAAUGUUUUGCAAUGUAUUUUGAACAAACAGUUGAGCAUAAUUCUAAAUAAAAAUGUUUAAGAACAGAAAGAAUGGAGCAUCAAAGACUCAGUUACUCAAUGUUAUAGUGUAACUGUGAAGUAAAUUGGAGCACAAUGCUUCAUUUAUACGAUCAAGUUGUACUAAAGUCUUGUUGCAAUACAAUAAAGAGAAUAAAUGGCAAGUA